UUGUAGAUUUGUUUCAUAACCAAGUUCCAUGUUUGAACGAUCAACUUUAUUUUUCAAGUUCAACUCAAUUUAAAGACCGUUCAACUAAUUCAAAUUAAAGAAAAGACUGGCCACCAUGGACCCAGCUACAGCAGGUCCAGUAGUUUUGGACACCUUGACCAGGGCAUGUAGUCAGACCAGUGAUGUGUUCAAGUUGGCUGAGCAACAGCUGAAAGAAUGGGAGGUGAAUCCAGGUUUUUAUAGCAUAUUGAUGACCAUUUUCAGUGAUCACUCCAUUGGUGUAAAUGUGAGAUGGCUUGCUGUUUUAUACUUCAAGAAUGGAAUAGAUAGAUAUUGGAGGAGAAAUGCACCCAAUGCCAUUCCAGAAGAAGAAAAGGGAAGCCUUAGACAGAGACUGAUAACUCACUUUAAUGAACCAGUGCCACAGAUAGCAACACAGUUGGCUGUUUUGAUUGGCAAAGUUGCCAGGCUAGACUGUCCUAGACAAUGGCCUGAGUUAAUUCCUACUCUGUUUGAGGCUGUGAAACAACCUGAUGAAACAGUCCAACAGAGGGCACUGCUAACACUGUAUCAUGUGUCUAAGACACUGGCUUCCAAGAGACUAGCGGCUGAUAGAAGAGUGUUUGAAGAGCUCACAAAGAAUAUAUUCAGCUAUGUUCUAGAAAUGUGGAACUGUCAUUCAGAACAGUUUUUUCAAGCAUUCGAAGAACAGAAGAGUGGACUCCUGUUUAAAUCCCUAGACAACAGUCUUUUGACCCUUAAAGUGUUGAGAAAAUUGGUGGUGUUUGGUUUUAAAGACCCCCAGGAGAGUGAGGAUGCAAUGAACUUUAUGAGACUGGUUUUUAAUAGGAUGCACAAGAUGUUAGAAUGUAAAAGAAGACUUCCACAUGAAGCUAGACUUUUUGAAUUGAGAGAUAAAUCACUGACAUUGAUGUCCAAAGUGCUUCUGGAUGUGCUUGAAAAUCAUCCCGAUUCAUAUAUCCAGUUUAUUCAGCCAAGUUUGGAGCUAGUUGUAGCAUACAAUUUCACUGACACUGGAGCAGGUUUAUUGUUUGAACGGUUUACAGUCAACUGUUUCAAUAUAAUCAAAAAAAUCCUGAUGUGUGAAAACUUCAAGCCAGCCAGGCACAUAGAAGACACUAAACCUUCCACUUUAGUAGCAUACAAAAUCAAAAUGGCAUUCUUCAACACUGGCACAUUAUCGGAGAUGCUGAGGCGACUGGUUUCCCAUUAUUUCUUGCUGACAUCAGAUGACUUACAAAUAUGGGAUAAUGACCCAGAGGAAUAUGUAUGUGAUGAAGGAGGAGAUUCUUGGAAGUUCAGCAUCAGGCCCUGCACAGAGGUGCUGUUUCUGACAUUAUUCAAGGAGUUCAGGGAGAUACUGACCCCUGUGUUACUGGAGAUGGUGAAACAAGUGGAGGGAAACAACUUGGAUCCUGCUGAUUUAACUGCUGUGCUGAAAAAAGAUGCUGUGUAUAAUGCAGUUGGCUUGGCCUCCUUUGACCUGUUUGAUGAAAUUGACUUUGACAAUUGGUUCACUGGACAACUUGUUAGUGAAUUACAGCAGUCGCAUUCAAAUUUCAGAAUAAUUAGGAGAAGAGUGAUUUGGCUCAUAGGCCAAUGGGUUGGAGUGAAAUUUUCACUGAACAUGAGACCUGCCUUAUAUGAAGUCAUGUUGCCAUUGUUGAAGCAACCAGAAGACCUGGUAGUCAGACUAGAGACUGCCAGCACACUGAAAGCUGCUGUUGAUGAUAUAGAUUUCAACACAGAGCAGUUUAUGCCAUAUCUGGAGCCUCUGUUUGGGCUACUUUUCCAGUUGUUGAAGGAAGUGUCAGAAUGUGAAACUAAGAUGCAGGUCCUCCAUGUCCUGUCCUUUGUGGUGGAGAGAGUUGGCUACCACAUCAGACCCCAUGCCACUGCCUUGGUUCAGUACCUGCCUCUACUGUGGGAAGACUCAGAACACCACAACAUGCUCAGAUGUGCCAUCCUCACCACACUCGUGCAUUUAGUACAGGGACUUGGCAAGCUGUGUGUGACUAUGUAUAGUUUCCUGUUGCCUGUGAUCCAGCUGAGUACUGAUGUACACCAGGAGCCCCAUGUCUACCUGCUGGAAGAUGGGUUGGAACUUUGGCUAGAAACUCUUCAGAACUCCCCAGCAAUUACACAGGAGCUGUUGCAGAUACACAGUAACAUGAGUGCACUCCUGGAAAUGGGUACAGAAAAUCUUCGAACUUGUUUAAAAAUCAUUGAAGCGUACUUGAUGUUGGGAGCAACAGAAUACAUGGAGAUGUAUGCAGGUAGUCUGGUUUCUUCUCUCAGCAGCUUGUUGACAGAUCUGAAGGAAGAUGGUGUGGUCAUAGUUAUGAGGUUGAUAGAACUGAUUUUUAAAACCUUCCCCUCUGAGGGUCCUCAGAUAUUUUCACAGAUGCUGCCAAAGAUAUUGAAAAAUAUUUUGAACAAAGAGGAAAUUUCCAUGAUAAUGUCUGUGUACCUAUCCAUAGUAGCCAGAAUGCUGUUACAAAAUCAGAAUUUCUUCUGGAAUUUCCUUGAACACUUUUCACGGUCCAGAAACCAAACUAAAGAAGAAGUUCUUGGGGAACUUCUGGACAUCUGGUUUGACAGAAUUGACAACAUGGCUGAUCCAGACAGAAGGAAAUUGUCUGCCAUGGCUGUGGCAUCACUGAUCCCUUCUAAUAUAAGUUGUGUGCAUGAAAGAUUUGGUGGCGUCAUCAAUUUGUGUGUGGAAAUACUGCAUGACGUCUGCAGUGAAAAUGAAGAAGGAGCAGAAGUAGAUGGCUUGGUGAUUAUGGAGAAACCUGCCACAGACCAAGGAGAAUGCGAGUUGGAAACAGAGCAUGAUAGAAGAAAACGUGAGUUGUCUUUCCAAGAUCCAGUGCGAAGAAUUUCCUUGAUAGAUUAUCUGCAAUCACAGCUGCAUCAAGUGCAGAGGCAACAUGGGCAGAGUGGCUUUCAACAACUGAUAGACUUAGUAGAUAAAGAAGUCUAUGAACAACUGCAAAGGUUCAUCAAAUGAUGUGUUUUAUGGAUCGCAUAUAUGUUUUUAAAGCAGGAGAGAUGCCCUCUCCCUCCGCGGCCAAAGAAAAAUGCCUUGACAUUGUGAUACUUUGUGUCUUUUAUCAAAUAUCAAUGUUUGUCGUUACUGAAGUUGACUGUUACUAAUAAAAAGAGAUGUGAAGAAUUCAGUUGAGCUCCAUAUCAAUGCUAAAAGUUGGAGAAUGUCUGUGAUUCGCAGUCACAUUAUAGAGUGUGUUAACAGGAGAUCCCUGCAUUUCUCCAUGCUUCCACUGAACCCUAACCCUUCACCAAAUUAAAAUCGAAGUUUUCUGUUUUGCUUCUGCCAUUCUGGAGACACCAUUAUUGGGACUGAAAAGCUGCUCAGCUUUGAAAAUGUAUCUGAUCAGGGUAUCUGGUAAAUUGGCUUUCCCAACUGUAGGGUUCAGAUUUGAAAUUUAUCAUAAUCAGAUUUUUAAUUUUAAAAAGUUAUGUGAUUCUUAAGAGACAUUGACUUGUAUUGCAGCUUAAGUUUAAUGUUAAUUUAUUCUUCUUGCUGUCACAUUAGUAUUUCUACUAUUUCAGUCUUGAUUCAGAUACUGGUGAUGCAUGCCUGUCACCAUCUGCUGAUUUAUUUUUGCUUGCUAUAAAUUAGAGUGGUAAGGUUAGAUUACAGUAUUAAUAAGUAUUUCUUUGCUUAUUUUAAAUGAACAGAAUUAGUUGUCAGACAGGAUGAAGUUUUUAAAAAAAUUACCUUCUUUUCUGUUUAUAUAGUCUGUUCUUAAUUGUCAGAGAUAUGCCUAUGUGCUUUUUUUUAUGCUACAGAUAUUUACCCCUGCUCAAAAGUUGCAUUACACAUGAAGUGAAAGUUUAGAGUGCAUGCAACAAUUCAAUCCAAUAAAAAAGGAAUGUGGUUUUAAAGGUAUGCAUUUACAUAAUUUUUAGAUUGGAACUUGAUAGAGAGACAGUUUGUGAGUUCCAGAAAAAUUGUCAUUGAUGCCAGGAAAAAUUGUAAUUUUGUAUUGAAGUUCUUUGAAUGGUAUUUCUAAAACGCAAGAAUGAGAUAAUUGAUGCUGAUUUUUUUUUUUAUAAAGUUUGAGCUUAAAGUAAAAAUAUUUGAGGCACAUUUUCUCCAUAAAAAGCCACCUCUUUCCAUAUUUGUCUUACCUCAUUUUUCUUUCACAAAAAAUAAUUUUGAAAGAUUGUUAACUUUAUUGGAGCAGACCUUCAGUUGCCCAAUAGUGCAAGUAGCAUAUCAUUUGUAGUUGAGAACAACAUUUGUAGCACAUACACAAGGAAUGACUUUGCUGGCAUGUCUUUUGUUCUCAAGUCGGUGUUUUUAGUGAUACUCACUGUGGAAGGAAAGGUUAAUCUCUCUGUUUCCCAUCAUGUCCUAUUUAAGAUAUUGUAAAAGCAAAUUUUAUGGACAACAUCUCCUGUGUUCUUUUAAUAAUGUAACCACACAAAUAUAUAUAUACAUACUCAUGAGUGUGAAGAAAAAGAGAGAAAGGAGCGAGAUGUUGCUUUCAGUAACUUUUUAUUACUUGGAGCCUCAACAUGAUGGCUCCAAUCUUCGAGUUUUUUUUUAACCUUCAUUUAUCAUUUUGUCCAACGCAAAGGACAACUUGUUUUAAAUUUAAGAUAUUGCGAACUUUUAGAUAUCUACAUUCAUGGUUUCACAAAGUGCAUUUGAGGUUUCCUGUUGUGAAAUAUAAUGAUUAUCAGCA